CGGGGUUUGGUGUGCGCGCAGAGUGCACCCCGACAGUGUCGCUCAGCUGUGUCUAGCCGGCGUUGUCGCCUGUCUCGCGCGGGAAGAAGUAGAUCAUGGACAUCACAGAGGCACCCACAGGGGCGAGGCCAAAUAGGGGCAAUGCGAUGGGAAAAAAGAGCAAGAAGGUAUCGGAUGAAUCCUCUUCAGAGGAAGAAGAAUAUGUGGUAGAGAAAGUCCUUGAUCGCAGAAUGGUGAAAGGGCAAGCGGAAUAUCUACUUAAAUGGAAAGGCUUUUCUGAAGAACACAAUACAUGGGAGCCAGAGGGGAAUCUAGACUGUCCUGAGUUGAUUUCCGAGUUUAUGAAAAAGUACAAGAAGCCCAAAGAGGGAGAGCCCAAACCCAAGACAGAGAGCACCAAAAGAAAAGCUGGGAAUGAAGACAUUAAGGCCAAAAAGAGGAGAGAGAGCAAUGAUAUUGCCCGGGGUUUUGAAAGGGGUCUUGAACCUGAGAAGAUCAUUGGUGCUACAGAUUCUUGUGGAGAGCUUAUGUUCCUCAUGAAAUGGAAAGAUUCUGAUGAAGCGGAUCUGGUGCUAGCAAAAGAAGCCAAUGUGAAAUGUCCCCAAAUAGUUAUUGCAUUUUAUGAGGAAAGAUUGACGUGGCACUCCUAUCCCGAGGAUACAGAAAGCAAAGAAAAGGAAGCUGUGAAAAGCUAAAGUCUUUUUAUAUCUGUAAUAUUCCUUCCCCCAUUAACACACACAUACCAUCACCCUACACAUUUUCUCUGUCUUGAGCCAAGCAUUGCCAAGAUGGGGAGGGUUUUUUUUUUUCCCCUUCUCCUCCAUAUAACCCUUUUGCCCUUAAUCACUCCAGUGGUGGCAUUUGCACAAAACCUGACUUGCCAUGAAUACCAAGAGAUUAACAGCCAUGGCAUGUUCACCACUCUGGGAAGGAUGCAUUGUAGACAUUGUGUGCUGCUACACUUUCUCCAGUUUUUAAAUGAACAUGCGAAACAUCGACAAGGGUGGGUAAGGAGUUCAUCGUGAAUGGUUACAUGUGUUCAGUAUUUGGUCAGUUCCUUCAGGAUCAGAUGUGAAAGAUUCUCCCUCUGUUACCACUGAUCAGUCGUGUACUGUGAAGGGAACCUUGCUGCUUGCUCGCAUUCUUGGAUGCUUGUUCUCUAAGGGAGAAGACUGUUUUUAUUAAAUGUUUGAAUUAUUUUUAAAUAUCUGUGUACUAUCAUGUAGGGUCCCUGCAUUUACGUAUUUUAUAACCGAAGAUGAUUGCUUAAUACAGUGGCAAAUAACUGUGCCCCUCAGCGGGAAACUUUUGUAUAUACAUAUCCAUAGUGUCAGCGACAAGCACUUUGAGAAAAAUGCAGCGUGUCUGCAGGUCCUGCCUGCACCACAAAGAAGACCUCGAAAUGUGGAGUGACUAUGUGGCUUUUUGUAGGUGUGCUUCAUUCAGUGUGCCAUAUAUUGUGAUUGGAUAUCAUGCCUUUAACAGUCUUGUGUUUGGGGAAAAAACAAUGCCACAGAGUAUUGACUUCCAUGUGGGUGUAAUGAUAUUUAUUAGGCUUUUUUAUGGAUAUAAUUCCAUCUAUCAUAACCUGCAACACUUUUGUGUUUUUUAAUACAAUUUUAAAGUAUUGAUG